AUGAAAUCCGCUAAACAUAAAUCAAACAUGCAAGCUGUAAAAGGCACGAGCGACAUAAAAAAGUUUUUUUCUUCGUCAUCAGAUGACGCGAAUUUACGGAACAGCGCGGCUAUAGCGGAGUGUGCAUUGGUCUUUCACACAGUCAAUCAUUCACAUAGCUACCUUUCGUUUGAUUGCACCGGAAAAUUACUCUCGCAGCUAUUCGCAGGUUCAAAAAUUGCACAGAGAUACUCUUGCGGGCGUACUAAAGCGACGCAAAUAGCUAAGCAAGUUUUAGCACCUGAGACUAGAAUGCGUAAUAUGAGAGAUUUGGAAAACAAUCAUCCCUUUUCUUUGGCUACAGAUGCCUCAAACAAAGAUUCUCUAAAAUCUGGAGACAUUGCCAACUGCUUAAUUUCUCACUUAGAAGCUGCAGAAUUGACGCUUACUAACGUUACUGCUUUUUGUGCAGACAUGCCUCCGUGA